AUGAUUUUUAAAGCUCCUCGAGAGGGUGCUGAAGAUGUAUUCAGGUUUACUGGAAAUGAAACGCACACGGACUUUUUCCGGCUGGUGCUGAGAGACGGGAACUACCUUCUUGUUGGCGGACGAAACCUGGUGCAUAAUUUGAGUUUGACGGAUUUGACGGAGCAGCAGAGGCUGACGUGGUACUCCUCGGAUACAGACGUUAAAAUGUGCGUUGUAAAGGGAAAAGACGAGGAGAAUUGCCAGAAUUAUGUGAGGAUACUGGCGAAAACAAGUGCGUCGAAUCUUUUAGUGUGUGCGACAAACGCAUUUAAGCCGAUGUGCCGUGACUACGUUGUACACAGCGGAAAUUAUACGAUGGCAAGUGAGAAGGCGGGUCAAGCAUUGUGUCCAUACGACCCCCAGCAAAAUAGCACAUUUGUGCACGUCGACGGUGAAUUGUACACGGGCACUGUUGCUGACUUCUCGGGGAUGGACCCCAUUAUUUAUAGAGAGCCGCUCCAAACUGAACAGUACGACUCAAUGAGUUUAAAUGCUCCAAAUUUCGUCAAUUCAAUGACACUGGGUGACUUUGUUUAUUUUUUCUUCCGAGAAACCGCUGUUGAGUACAUUAAUUGCGGCAAGGCCGUCUACUCUCGGGUUGCGAGGGUCUGUAAAUAUGACCGUGGAGGUCCGCAUCGUUUUCGGAAUAGAUGGACAUCGUUUCUCAAGUCUCGCUUGAAUUGUUCCGUUACGGGAGAUUUUCCAUUUUACUUCAAUGAAAUACAAUCAACAACUGAUCUAAUAUCCGGUCAGUACGGGAGCGUGUCGGCUCAGCUUAUCUACGGGGCAUUCACUACGCCAGUAAACAGUAUAAGCGGUUCCGCGGUCUGUGCAUUUUCGCUGCAAGACAUCUCAGACACGUUUGAGGGUAACUUCAAAGAACAGACGGCGAUAAAUGCCAAUUGGCUGCCGGUGGCCAGUGCCAAAGUUCCGGAUCCAAGGCCCGGGCAGUGUGUCAAUGACUCCCGGACGCUGCCAGAUCUUACAUUGAACUUUAUUAAAACUCAUUCCCUGAUGGAUGAAUCUGUGCCAAGUUUCUUUGGCCAGCCUAUUGUUAUUCGUACUAGCUUUCAAUUCACGCAAAUAGCAGUGGACCCACAAGUGAAAACUCCCGGAGGAAAGACCUACGACGUGUUGUUCAUCGGAACAGACAACGGGAAAGUGAUAAAAGCGAUAAACGCGGAUUCCGCGGACUCUCACGAGCGAGUAAGUCCAGUGGUGAUAGAAGAAAUCCAGGCAUUCCCGACUUCGGUGCCAGUUCGCGGGAUAAAAGUAGUAAGAGCGUCGCAGGCCGGGGAUGGUCUGGAGGAUGGACGUCUGGUGGUCGUAGCCGACAGCCAGGUGCAAGCCCUGAGACUGCACAGGUGCUACAGCGACAGAAUUCUCUCCUGCGGGGAGUGCGUCGCCCUGCAAGACCCUUACUGCGCCUGGGAUAAAGAGGAGGCCAAAUGUCGAGCUCUGGUAGGUCCAGCAGCCACUGACGCCGCGAGAUUCCUCCAGAGCGUCGCUACAGGCAUUCACGCUUCCUGCCCGCCCAGUAAAUCACUGAACAAAGACGCUGGAAGCGUCGGGGCUAUCUCCGCAAAUCAAAAUAAAUUCCCCCAAGACUCACUGCCCAACAAAGACGGACAGGAGGGACCCGAAGUUUCUGCGGCAGACUCACCAUUGCCUCAAUAUUCAGUGGAAACUCUGGUGAUGGCAGUUGUUGCCGGUGCGCUAGCGGCGUUAUUAGUCGGUUUUAUAGCCGGGUAUUUGUGUGGUCGCAAAUGCCGGAAGGAUGAGGAUGACAAUUUACCCUAUCCUGACACCGAGUACGAGUACUUUGAGCAACGUCAGAAUGUUAAUAGUAGAUUAGCGCCAGAACCAAAACUACUGCCCCAAGAAGAAGUGACGUAUGCCGAGCCGGUGCUGAUGCCUCAGCCUCCAAAAAUGCACUCUCCAAAGGGCACCAUGCGAAAGCCGCCACCGACUCCAGCAGAAACUUUGUUCCAGUUCCCGGAGGCAUACGGGUUCCGCGGCGGACCUCGGGACAACUUUGGAACACUGAGAUCGUGCCAAGGCACGGACGCGUACCGCCGCAACGACGGUUUCGCCACGACCCGGAGUGUGAAGAAAGUUUAUCUCUGA